AUGUCAUUCAAAAUUAAUCAGGAAAUUGCAUGUUGUGGAGGGAAACUUCUUAAGUUAUCACACCAAUCAAGUGAGACGAAGACGGCAAUGGAUGUGAAUAUUUAUUUGCCAAAACAGUAUUAUGAAGAGGGUAUCACCCUUAUUCCUGUGAUAUAUUAUCUAUCUGGGUUGACCUGCAGUCCACAGAAUGCAACUGAAAAGGCAUUUUGGCAAGUGCAGGCAGAUAAGUAUGGAUUUGCAAUUGUUUUCCCUGAUACUUCUCCUCGUGGAGAAAAGGUCCCGGAUGAUCCCGAAAAGGGAUGGGACUUUGGUCUUGCAGCCGGGUUUUAUGUUGACGCUACUCAAGAACCAUACAAAACGAAUUAUCGAAUGUUUUCAUAUGUCCAUGAGGAAUUACCUAAAGAAUUGGACUCGUACUUCAACAAAGAAAAUACCAAGAUAGAUUUUCUCGAUAAUGUUGCUAUCACUGGCCAUUCGAUGGGGGGCUUUGGCGCUCUAUCCGGAUAUCUGAAAUACUAUAAUCGGUACAAAUCAUGUUCAGCAUUUGCUCCAAUUGCUAAUCCAACGAAUGUUCCUUGGGGUAUCAAGGCUUUAAGCGGGUAUUUGGGGUCUGACAAAGAAUUGUGGGCUCAAUAUGACCCAUGCUCUUUGGUAUCAGAGGUGGACAAUACCAGACAGAGCACCAUCCUGAUUCAUUGUGGAACAAAGGACCCCUUCUUGAAGGAUCAGUUGAAACCAGAACAACUACAGGAAGCGGUUAAGAAUACGUCUUGGGAAGGGAAAAUCGACUUAAAGAUUGUCGAAGGAUUUGAUCACUCAUAUUUUUUCAUAAGUACGUUCGUUCCGGAACAUGCUGAGUUUCAUGCUAAAAAUCUUGGUCUCAUCUAG